AUGACUACACCGCGCGUAUUCGUUAUCGAAGAUAUGUUUAAGUUUAACAACAUUGUGCUGGACCCGUUGGUAGAAGUAUAUUCCCUGCCAUUCGUACUUCCAAAAAUCUUUGAGCAUCCCGAACUGGUUCUUGCGGAGGAAUCUCCUGACGGCCAUCUCGUGGGCUUUAUUCUCGGUACUCGGAUCCAGGACUCGAAUGAACAGAUUGGCGAUGGAAAGGAUCUGGUUGGGAGUCAUGGACAUAUCUCUGCCCUGGCUGUGGCCCAUGAUUAUCGAAAACUGGGCUUGGCCACUCGUCUGAUGACUACUCUUAGGGAUAUGAUGGACCGCCAGAGGGACUGGUAUGUGGAUUUGUUUGUGCGUCAGAAGAAUAAGAACGCCAUCAGGCUCUACGAGUCCUUGGGCUACGUAAAAUAUCGAUGGAUGCCCCAGUUUUAUGCCAACGAUCACGGUUAUGAUAUGCGGCUGCCUUUGGCCCGCGAUGUGGACAAGAAAUCCCUGGAGGGAAUCUUUAUCAAUAAGCUCUAUAGCUUUGGCAAUUUGCUUUACCAUCUGCUCGUGAUCUACUUGUUCGGACUCAGGGAUAUUAUGAUUGGUUGAAAAUGCUUCGAAUAGAGCUUUAAAUAUAUUGUAUAAAAUCCCAUAUUUUAUUCUCUCUGUUUGACAACGAAUAAUAUAGACUAAAACGUUUAUGAAACACCCAGAAAAAGUUCAUUGCACUCGGCCAGCCAAAUUGAACUAAAAGUUUGAGCAAAUCGCUCAAAGUAAAAAAUGAAAACUUGAAAAUAUAUGUCAGAAGGCAUA